AUGUUUCACUUGACUAAUAAAGAAGAUGGCGAUUUCAAGGACGCGAAUCACGCGAGUUGGUAUUUCAACGGUAAAAAAGGCGGGCGUUUCUGUACCUGUCGUGAAUGCCGUUCUGAUGGGAGAGCGUAUAAGGACUCCAGCGCCAUUCUUGUAGGGCUUGUAGGGCGCAAUCGGGGGCGAAAACGCCGCAGGGACGGGGGGCCAGGAGCGCUGUGCGCCGUUAGGCGAUGCCCGACGCUGUUAUUUCAAAACGAACUUGGGAAGACAGCCGCCGAACCUCUCUUGUUCACCAUCGCCAGCCUGACUUCCUCCCCUCUGCGCAUUUACGGAAUCCUUCUGGCCCUGCCCACCAACGCCACACCACCAGAGGCGCCCUUGCGAACCGUCCACCUGUAUGGUCUUGGUGGGAUCUGCACCACGUCUGUUCACCUCGUCGCCUUGGUAGUUAACUACCAGGUAGCCAGCGCCAACUCGGCAAAUUUGGUUGGCUCCGCCGCCACGCCGCCACGCUCAGAGCCUUCCAACCUCGAUCCCACCCGGAGCAAGACACCCCUGGACUUGACGUCUCGCGAAUCCCUUGUCUUGCCCUUGACCGUCCACAAUCACCAUCGGGGAACCGAUCCUGCCCCAUUCAUCAAUCUCCUCUUGGUCCCGAAUUGCAGUGCCUCGGCAGGGGGAUACUGCAGCGCCGCCAGGACUCUGUCACCCCCGGCCUCGCCCCAUAACGAAAUAACGAGAUUGUCCAGCCGGUUCGCCUCUGCCCUCAAGAUUGACGACCCCCAGUUUGACUUGAAGUAUUUUGGCCCAUGGUUCGCUGAAAUCCCGGUCCGUAUGGGCACCUGCGAGCUUUUGGAUAUUGCCGCUGAAUCCUUUCUCGAUGCUCAUGAUGACCUGCGCAGCGGGCGAAAAUCUACAAAGUGGCCUUCCAACUACAGAAAGGCCAUCACCUCGCUCUCAAAUACUUUCCAAGACCCGCGACAAACAAAAUCUCCCUACACCCUUUGUUCCAUCUUCAUGAUUAUGGUUUCUCAGAUGUGGGCAUCCAAGUCGGCACAGGGCUACAUGAUCAACAUGGAGUGCAUCUGUACGGCACUCAACUCCACAAUCGACGAGCCGUGGGACGAUUCCUUUGCUCAGUCACUACGCCAAAACUUGAUAAUACCUGUAUGCAAUGAAGCAAUCCUCAACCCCAAUUUAUCCAUCGAUGUACGAUACCUCGAGAUUGUCAAACCGAGUUUCGGCCCGUAUAAGCCUCUAGACAAAGAGAGGGGUCAGACUAUCGAGAGUCUCGACUUGCCUUGCCUGAUGCGCUUUCCGUACUUCAUCCGCCAGCCGGAGAUGCAUCAGAAUGACAUGAUCCGCGAAUACAUGCGAAUGCAAACUGAGUGUCCGUUUAUACGGCGCCGGGUGAUGGAAUAUUACAACUUGGUCGAAGCGCACAAAAAAAAGCCGCGUCUAAACCUCGUCAGGGCAUACAUGCUACUGAGCGAGCAAUACAAUAUGAUGCUGAGCUCUACCCUCAUCAUGAAUUCUUUCCUAUUAGCCAUGGAUCCCACAAAUAGUAAGCUCCAGGAAGACGCCCUGUACUAUUCGCAAGAAGCCAUUUGGAUCACACGCAACUUAGCCGGACAGCUGGCGAUGGGGGCAGGCUUUAUGCCAGCAGCCCUGUUCGCGGCCUGGGUUGCCACCGACGACAGCGAAGUCAUUGCCGAUAUUACCUCCAUUAGGGACCAGCACGAUUGCUACUGGACGGAGUCACACUACGUGGAGCAGUACACGACCAUGAAGGAGCGCGUCCGCGAAAUCCGCGACAGAAAGCUGGUAGAGCUUGACACCGCCGGGCUACAGUGCAUGGAUAUGACCGACUUCAUAGUGUCGGAUGGCUUUGAGUACGGCUGGGGUUUGGACGCACCACUGGUCGACUUGGAGUAUCUGCAAGACGGUAACCCCCGGGGCCUGGUGGCGUUUGGGACAGGCUGUCCGUGGGAGCAGGUGGAACUGGACUACUGCAACUGGGAUCCCAACCUGCUGUUGUAG